UAAAGUCACUAAUGUUAACUUUCUAGAUAGUGUCCCUCCAGCAUUUUUCUAAGCAAAUAAACCCAAUUCCUUUUCUCCCCCACCCUAAAGUUUUUGUUUGUUUGAGAAGAUAAUGAUCACAUCAGUGUCAUCCCAUUCUUGUAGUGUUUCAUUUUUUUUGAUAGUGACUAUGAACUUUUUCAAACUGCCUAUUUGUCUUUGGUGAUUUUUUUUUUUUAAGAGGAGGUUUAAAAAAAACAUUCUAGAAAGAACGUUCUAAGUAAGAAAAUGAAACAAAACGUGUAUAACAAUGGCUUCAUUUGAGGAAGCAUUAGUCCUUGAUAGCCCCAAUUGAGCUCUGUGCCAGGAUACAACUUUUACAUUCAUAAUCUCAUUUUUUUCCUCAAUGGUGCAGAAAAGCUUUCUUUACUGAUGACUAUAUAGUCACCAUGGUUGACAGAGUUUUCAUUGUGAUGUGGCUGUUUCUUUUCCCAAUGGAAAGUGCAGCAUUUGUCUCCAGCCCAUGAGAUUGGUAAUGUUAUUCCUGUUUUGCAGAUGAGGAAGCUGAGGCUCAGAAGGGAAAAGUGGCUUGCCCAAAGUGACCCUGCCAGUAGUGGAGCUGCGACUUGACCUCCAAAGCUCUGGGUCUACCCUGGUCCUCUAGACCCUAGCAGCCCCCUGGGUCAGGGGCAGAGAAGGCAGAGCUGAAUUUGAGAAUAACAAAUAAUAUGUUCCUUGUGGGACACUGUAUGGAUCAGAGGCCUCAUAGAGCCCUUAUCAACCUCUUGGCAUAAGGGUUAUUGUGUUCAGUUGUGAUUAUUGAAUUGUUGGACUUAAACUGUCUUUCUCCACUGGGAAGCUGAUCCUGAAAAGACCACAGCCCUUGAGGAGAGGAAUCCGUGGCUGUGCUGCGGAACCAGAGAGAGAGGAGGCCGACAGCGAUUCACCCUCACCAUGACCAGUUGCCGCCAUCACUCAGGAUACUUGGCAGACGAUGAGGCCGGCCACACCACUUACGUGGCCCGGCUGCCUAAGAAGCCACUGUUCCUGGAAAUGGGACAAGUCUCCAAGCUGGGCCACAUGCCACACCCACCAUCGAGGUACACUCUCACAGACAGUUCAGGGCUCCGUGGCCACCAACAAAACCCAAGGGACCCUCGGCCCUUUGGUAGCUUCCUGGAUUUCCUUGUCAAAGGCCAGGUGCUGGACAGCCUACAGACGGUGGUGGAGGAGGCCACUGAGCGCAUGACCACCAUGAAGACAGAGGCUGGAGUGCCACUGGUGGAGGUGCAGGACCCAACAGAGGUACCAAGGGGUAGGCGGCGGGUACGUGCCCAGCCUAGCCUCAGUACCAUGCACCGGCACCGUGUCCGGCCCAGCCUCUGCACUGGAUGUCCCAACAACUACCCAUCCUGCUCCAGCUCCAUGUCUGACUCCCAUAGCAGCCUCACAGCUGGCUGGCUGGGAUCCCACAGCCAGGACAGUGACCUGGGCACCCGUGGCAUGGGCUCACUGCCACCCAUGAGGGACAAACUUUUGCUGGAGAAGAACCUCAAACGGCUGCUGAAGCUGGAGAACAGAGGGAAAGGCCUGGAUCAGUCCUUCUUCCAGAGGGACUCCCUGCUGUGGGAUUCACUGGACAGCCAUGCCAGCAGCCAGUGGACCCGGGAGCCGCCUCUGUCCUCGUUCUCAGGCCAGCUGGGCUCAAGCUCAGGCACACCUCAAACAUCAGAGCUGGGCCCUGGAGAACAGGAACUGAUCUGCCUCAAGCAAGAGUUUAAUAAGGAGAUCAAGUCAUUGUUGAGCCAGCCAGCAUCCUUUGACCUGCCUAGCUACUGUUCAUUCCGUGAGCCCCAUCGGACUCUGGACUUUCUGGCUGAGCACCAGCUCUUCCCUGCCCUGCAGAGUGUGGUCAGCCAGGCUGUGGACAAGCUCCGUGGUGCCCGCCGCCAUGAUGGCUGCCCUCUCUUCCCAUCAGAAUGGGAGCCCGCAACAGAGCCCAACUCUGACUCCAUGCCAGGCUCCAAGCUAGCCACACCCACUGAUGAGGAGGAGCCCUAUGAUAUGCUACCCACCAGAACCUCCAGCCCCAAGAUGGCUCGCAGAAAGAGCACCAAGGGCAGAGGACAGGCCAAGCCCAAGGAAGGUGGUUCCCCCAUGUCCAGUGCCCAAGUGGCCACCAGACUCAGGCUCAAGAGCCCCAGUUACAAGUUCAUGAAGAAGAAGCCACUGCCCUCCAUCUCAUCCAAGUCUACCAUAUCCCACCUCUCCAACCCCUUGUACCAGGAGCUCAUCAACUACUUGGUGGAGCAGGCUGUGUCCUUGCUCAUCUGCAAGUACAAAUUCGAGAAGAACCUUUCCAAGCAGCUAGGCUUCAUCUCAUUCCCUGUCACCGAGACGCUCGUGGACCUCCUCCUGGGCUUCAAGAAAGUGAAGGGCUCCCACAUCUGCCUGUCCUCAAAGAUCAACUGGAGCUGCCUGUUGCACAAGCUGGAGGAGGCAGAGUGGGCCCGACAGCUGUCUAGACAAGGGUCCCAGCACGACUCCCACCGCGGCACCGCCCACCGCAGCACUGCCCACCAGGGGGCGCCCCGGAGCAACACGGAGUCCCCCUCCACGCUGCCUGAGCCGUCCACCCAAAAGAAUCAGGAGGAGGACACAGAGCCCACUCUCCACAGUGAGUUGCUGGACCCUCAGCUCCUCCCAGCUCAGGAGGAUACUACACUCGAGGAGAAGGAGCCCAAGAGCCAGGAGGAGCCCAGGCCCUUCAUGUUCACUGGCACAGACAGGGGCUCCGAUCUGUGUCAGGAAGUUGUAGACAUGGACAGUCAAGGUGACGAGGAGGAAGAGGACGAGGACAAGAAUGAUGACUUCUUUGGGGACAAGGGCAAACCCCAGAGCUCUCCCGAGUCUCAAGUGGAGGCCGAUGUCAGCAGUGACUCCAGAGAUGUGGGCCACAGUCACGCUCCGUGAGGCCUAUGAGUUGCACCCAGUGCUUGAUUCCCUGCUCCUCCUCUUGCUCCAAUGGAGUGCUGCCCCCCCCCCCCACCAGCCCUUGCCCUGAGCAGAGGUCAGGGUGGUCUGAAUGCCCACGAGGAGCUCUGCUGGCCUAUCAGGAAAGCUAGAGGGAGAAAUAAAGUCUGUGUUGAUGGAGCACAGUUUUCUUGUCUGGAG